AUGGAAGAAACUUCUGAUUCGAUACAGGAAGCCAAGGACGUGGCGGCGGCUCUGGAUACCAGGGUGUGCCAGUUUGAGAUCAAUGGUGGUUCCAUUUCACUCGGCCCUGGCGUUGAGCCACCCACCAAAGCAGCCCAUGUUGAGCUAUUCAGUUACGGCGUCAUUGCUUCAGUCUCUUCCUUGACAUAUGGGACUUGGGAGAAAGAUAACGCAGCGCUAUUAAUAAUGGCGCUGAACUUCCGAUCCCCGGACAGCGGGAUUCUCAGGUUUACAAAGGCCGAGCUCUUAAUAGAUUUCGAAAAGCAGCGACCCGGGGAUGGCUCCCCGGUCGUCCAACUCUGCCAUCCCGAAAACAACAAAAACUCCGCUGCAAAUGCAACAGCAUCUGGCCUCUGGCCACCUGCGGCUUAUUCAAUCAAAGGUCGCAGUUGGUCAAAACCGUCACAGGAAGAACCACACCAGGUAUUUUGGGAGAUCUCAAUUCCGCGCGGCAGCUCAGCGGACAUCAACAAUAAUUCAAUCCCUCUGUGCACUAUAGUGAGUUUUCGGGGAUCUUUUAUGGCCACGGUUAGGUUGAAAGCUACCACUGCUCUAAAAUUCAGGCUCGAAAGCUUCCCUUGGUCGAAAAAGGACCCCAUGUUGUUCAAUGGCCACACUUUCAAGGGCAAACAGUUUUCCAACACCAAAUUUGCCGAACUUGAGAGAGAACAGAUCGAAGAACAUUUGCCUCGAAAGUAUCCGAAGCCAGGCAAUGGACCAACACCAAUACCAGGGACUGUCUAUCGAAUUCACGGUAUUCCCAUCUCUUACACGACUGAUAUGUUUUUCGAACUACUGUCUAAAGAUUUAAAUAUCCCCUCCGCUUCGAUUCAAAUCAAGUCUUUCUCGAGAAACCCGAACCACGAAGAGAUAACGGCUCUGGUGUCAUUCACGACAUUUCCGACGAAGCUCAAGCGUACACCGUCAGAUCGAUGGCGAAUUUCUGUGCCAUUGACAGAAUUGUCAAAAAAUGAGGAGAUACAUGCGAGCCCUCCUUCAUCAGUAUCGAGCCCAAGUCUUGAUCUACAUUUUGAUACCAAUUUCCUUGGAUUCACAAAUCUCAGUCCGUUUUCUGAGGAUCCUUUCAACAUUGACAUCGUCGCGGUACAUGGUCUCGGUGGUCACGCCUACGGGUCUUUCAAGCAGCGAGGGGGGCCUUACAUGUGGUUGAGCGACUCAUUAUACAAUGACCUACGCAAGAUUGCACGACCGGAAGAGUUUCCACAGGGCAUCAGACCAAGGAUCCUUCUAUAUGGACACGACUCUCACAUAGACCAAAGCCCAACAUUCCAGUCCUUGGAGGAUCUGGCCAUUGAUCUCAAACUUUUGCUUCGUGGGAUACGCGCAAAGGAUUCAACCAGGCCACUGAUUCUUAUCGGCCAUAGUCUUGGUGGCCUUCUCAUCAAACAACUUUUGAUACAGUGGGCAAUAGAAGAGGGCAGCGGCACUGACAAGUCAAGCCUUGAGGCCACCAUUGGGCUACUGCUGUUUGGAGUUCCCAAUCGCGGGAUGGACAUCACCGCCCUAUUAUCAAUUGCUGGGGAACAGCCAAAUGCUGAGUUUAUAUCUUCGUUGGGGAUCGGUUCUUCCGUCCUAGAAGAGCAGUCAAAGACAUUCCCUACACUUUGCAAUUCCACCAAGAUGCGCACAUAUUCUUUUUACGAAACAUGUCUAUCAAACACAGCAACAAUGAUCAAUGGAAAGCUGAGUAUAACUGGGAAGCCAGUAGUCUUGGUCGACAAGGCGUCUGCAACUCAUGGGCGACCGUGGGAGAUGAACAAUCAAUUCAUCAUUCCACUCCAGCGCACCCACUCUGAUUUGGUUAAAUUUGAUUCUAAAUACAGCCACGACUAUGAGAAGGUUCGAGGUUGUUUUAAUGAAAUCCUCGGGCCAGGAAAGAGCACGAGUGCUAAGGCACUUCCUCUGCAGUAA